GCUACGACCUGUUGAUGUCAACAUUGGAUGAAAUCUCAACUGAUUUCCAGCAUCAUUUAACGUUGUUGACGACCUCAACGACGACGACAACAUCCCUAGCACCAACAUCAUUAGCGUCAACAUCGGCAUCUGCCGCUACAACAAGCCAACAACAGCAGCAGCACAAAUUGUUGCAGAGAAAUCAAUAUAAGCACUCCACAAUCUCAUCCCCAACACCAACAACUAAACAACAGAAACAACAGCAGCAGUCAACAACAACAACUACAACAACAACAACAACUGCAACAACUACAACAACAACACAGACAGCAGUACAAGAUAGCAAAGAUUCUUCUAGCAAGGAAAAGUCGUCUGCUACCACCCAGCAAUCUGGGGUCAUCGAUAAAAAGGACCCCAACACUUCAGCCCUCUUCUCCAAUCAGCCCAGUGACAUUCAGGAGUCACUCAUAGUCCUAAAUCUCUCGACUCUGCAGCAGCAGUUGAAGGGUAAUGACAUAUUAUUGGAUGCAUGCGCGUCUCUACCUGUCCUGAAAAAGUUUGAGGGCAUGCACAAGUUUGUCACUAAAGUUAGUGAAAGUGACAGUGAAGCUGGUACAGUUGUUGGGGCUGGGACGAGUGUUACACUCGGGAAAGAAUUUUUGUGGCCCAUUAAUUUAACUGAAGCCAUGGCUAUUGCGUCAAAAUUUCAGCCGAUCCUAGCAGACAUCUCCAUAGUCUGGCGCUUGUUCAGUAUUCCAAUCUUCGAGCCUCUGUCUAGACAGCGUGUUUUGAAGUUUGUCUCAGUGGCCACAAACUGUCUGAAUGCAGCCAUCCUAGCAACUGCUGCAACUACAAUGAUGAAUAUGUGUAGUACAUUGGCAGCUUCAAGUGGAACGUACAACAGAGGUUCUUCAGGCAGUAAGGAGGAAGACUAUGAGGGUUAUGCAAACUCCAUUGUUCAGAAAUCUCUUGAUAUCUUCAAUUGGGUGUCAAAUAUUUUUCAAAAAUCCCUAAAAGCUGGAGAUGUGCAUCUGAAUUUAAAAAUGCUUGGUGCAUCUGCUCUCUUAGCUGGUAUCAAAGAAAUUGUCAAUCAGGAUUAUUCGGCUUUGGCUAAAUCGUCUCUGGCCACUUCGGCUACUGCUUCUAGCAGGAGUAGAAAACCAAGUGGUAGUGAAGCAGCUAAAGUCGCGUUUACUACUACAACUACUGAUGCUGCAGCUACGGCUACUUCGCCACUUAAAAAGAGUGAGGAUAAAGAUGAUGGUGGUGGCAGUAGUGAUGAAAGCAAUUAUGAUUGGCAUAAGAUCGACUAUCCACCAAUCACGUCACUGACCGUUGCACUGGCCAAUCAAACGACUCGAUUGCUCAAUGUCCUAUUCUUGGAUAUGGAAAAGGAAGUUGUAUCGACUCCUCCCACUGUAGAACAGCCAAUAAUAGUUGGAGAAUUUAACGUGUAUAACACAUACACAGCCUAUGAGAGGAUUGUUAAACUGACCAGUGAUGUGGAUAUUUUGGAACUUUUCAAUAGGAUCUCUUGUUAUUCAUUCUUUAAGGGUGUUACCCUGUUCAAUGCUAUGUGUGAAAAAGUAGAAGCAACAUCAACUACCAAUAAGAAGACAACAACAACUACGACGACAACAACAACAACUUCUGCCAAUCUUACUACUACAUUUCGCGGCAGCAAGAAGGACGAAACUGCUGUUAGCACAGCUACUACUACGGCUACUACCACAGCUACAUCAGCUACAGCUAAUUCAGCUGCUGCUACUGACGCUGCUUUUGAGCUUGAGAGUGAUACUAGUGACAGUAAUACUUACUAUGAGGAAGAUUUCAGCAGUAGUCAGGAUGAGCUGAGUUAUGAUGACGACGAUUCAGAAAAGAUCUUGGGACACAUCUUCGACAUGAACAUCAGCUCGGGCAGGGAUCACCAUCAUCACGGCCAGACGAACGGCGAGACGACAGGGAGCCAGACACUGACCGGACACAUGGCCAGCUCGGAGCGCAAACAUCCUCGUCGCCAUAGUAACACGGAAAGUGUUGUCCUGGUGCCUGAUAAAAAAGAAAUCGAGACGUAUGUGAAGUUAUCAACUGACCUCGUGAACUUCAUGAUCCAACAUUACAUCAUCUCCUCCUGUAACUUUCUGCUGAAGAAACUUACACCGGAGUAUCUCGUCUACUUUGCCCUAAUUGUCCGGGAACUAGAUCGCCUAUUCCCUAGCUCCUCCUCCUACAUCACCUUGACCUUCAAUUUGAUGUCUAGGUCACUGGCCUACUUUAUUCAUCUGCUAUUGACUAAGAAGAUCUACAGCCAUCAAUCUCAGAUGCUAAUUUUGACCUACUUGAAUGUUGGGUACACAAAACCGCAACAACAAACGACAUCACCAUCAUCAAUAUCCCCGCCACAACAACUGCAUCAACCUUUCUGGUGGUCAAAUAGUAAUACUACUGCUGCUGCUGAAGACGAUGACGCUGAUGCAAAUAGAGAUGUUGUUGAGAAAGAUGAGGAUGAGAAAAAUAAAAAAGACGACAGUCAAGAGGAUAGAUACAGAAGAGGAGACAAAAAAGCAAGUGCUACAUCUCUGUUUCCUUAUCAAAUUCGUCCUAGAACGCUGGCUGUUCUUGUGGAAGUUGUACUGGUUAGACAGCAAUGGGCUAAGGAAAAAAUGCUGUCCUCCUCACCAUCUCGUGCCAAUGAUGAGGUCAGUGAGGCUGAAACGACAGUCAGCACUAAUGAUGAUGAUGAGGUCAAUGGUGACGCGAGUGCAUUUCAGGAAAAGUUUGGGGAUGGACUUUUAGUGAUGGAACGACUGAUGGAAAGGCUGCAGAUGGUUCUGGAUGAGAUGGUCAAGAGGAUGACGAUGGGAAGCAUUGAUGACCAGCUGGAUAUCAUGAUGGAAGACGUAAACAAAGAGUGCAUGCUCAUGAUCUUCUUCCUCUUCCUAAAUCUGAACCUGAUGGAGAAAAAAGUACUCUGGAUUGACCUUUGCAAAUGUCUGGUCAGUUUCAAUUCAAAGGUCAAGGUCAGUCAGAUUGUCAAUCCACUGCCAGUAACUAGAAUCCUCAAGGCAAUUGACUACCUCUUGAGAAACUUCUACGAAAUACCGUCUACCCUCAAUGAAACGGUAUCAAAAUGUAUCUUUGGUGUAUUUACUGGCACAACGACGAAUGUAGUCCCGUUCACUAUGAGUUCCAAUAAAUUACCAUCCUAUGACUUUUACGAACUCGCCUGUAGUUUCCUGUUAGGAAAUCCAGAGUCACUGGAUUAUAAUGAGUUCUACGACUCGAUACUCAACAUGAUGACUGUUGGCACUGACGUUGUCGACUUCCCAGAGGAACACUUUCAUAUGAUAGUACAGCUGCAUAAAGAGCAUUUGAAAGUAACUGAACGACUUCUGGACGCACUGCCACCGUCUGUCAAAUUCCUGAAGUCCAUUGAGGCCAGUUCAGCCAAGUACAGCCACGGCCUCCAGGUACUUCACAUAGCAAAGUGGGUCCCAAGAAUGAAUAUCGAUCCAUAUCAUCUCUGGAUCAAGGAUUUCUUAGUGAAGCAAGGAAUGACUAUCCAGGAUGCAGGGACGCUGAUGACGAAUGUGCUGAAGAAUAUGCUCCAAGGGGAUUGCUUCGAAAGACUCUGUGCACACUAUUUCAAAAAUGAGAUCUUAAAGGGCGGCAUCGAUAAAGCUAUGAAGAUGUCAUUGUUCAGACUCUGUAAUCUCGACAUGGUCAUAUGCUAUCUCUACUCUGUUGUGAAUGGGGCGUUUGUCUGCCUUUCUGGAUCAGAAGGAUACGACGCUACUUCUGCCACCACUACUACUACUGCUGCCACCACUACUACUACUAGUACUGCUGCUGCUACUACUACUACUACUGCCAGUGUAGCAAGCCCUAAUGCUAUUGCUUCUAUAAUGUAUUAUUACAACGUUGACAUUGAGAAAGCGCUGAUGACUGUCAAUGCCCACCUGGACGCUUUCAAUCACGUCUUUCAAAUUCUCAAGAAUCUGGUUGAUUCUACAAAAUACUGUCUGUAUGAAGUAGCAUCAGCUCGCAAAACUCAACAACAGCAGCAGCAGCAGGCUAAAAGUUCGUUCGAUGUUUCCGGGGGUAAGGAUGGCCCGGAGGAGCCCUUCAGCCUCCCUCACUGGAUGGACAUGGGGGCUUUCGAAGUCAAUUCCUCGACCAACAAACUCCUGAAGGAUAUGGACUUUGAGGUGCCUAUCUUCGACAUGGGUAGGUAUCCGGAGUUUAUGAAGGUGCUCACCGAAUGGAAGGAGGUGUCAUCGGUACUUACUGCCGGAUUUCCUCCUUAUGAAGAAUGGACGCUCAUCUUCAGUGGAAACAACUCUAGCGAUGUAACACGACUGGAAUCGAGCCUCAGUUCACUGCAGUCGGCACAUCUCCAGUCCAUCCCUGAUCGGCCGGCCAUGACCUCGGCAGUGAACAGUUCUAACUUCAUGCUCGUAUCGUUGAAGAGAGUCAUUAUGACGUGCCUGAAGUUUCUACUAUUGAAUAUAAAGCAUAACAUAGGAGAGGAAUCCGAACGUUUAUUCUGCCAGUAUGCCAUUCAGUUGACAACGGACUGUAUGUUCGACUUUCUUUAUCCUAACUAUUUGAAGCCAGUUAUAGAUAAAGUAUACCCGAGUAAAGAUGAUAAUGCCAAGGUCGUUAGUCUGACCUUGAACCACAUUCUAGAGGUCGUUCAUAAACCAAUCAGAAAAUCAAUAAGAGAUAGCUAUGAAAUAACAAAAGAGAGAGUAGACGAGGUGCUGAAAUUUUUAGAGCACAUAGCUCGUCACACGAGUGGGAUGAUGGCUUUGGAAAAAGGUAUAGACAAGAGCAAGUCGAACGCUUAUAGAGCCAUCAACAACUCGGCAUCGUCACUAUCUGACGACGAUCUUUCGCAAUGGCUGGCUACAAUUAUCCUCCCGCCAUCAGCAUCAUCAUCCUUCAUGACGUCAUCCUCUAUGUCUACGUCAUCAUCUCUGGCAUCGUUGACUCAGGUUGAGGACGAGUUUUACAAGGAGAGGCAGUUACACUUUCAAAUAUUUAUCAGUCAUUUGUCUAAGGAAAGGAAUACUACUGCAACUACUGAUUCAGCUGCAGCUACGACUGCGUCCACCCCGACGACACCACCGGCCAAACACGACGUCGAUUUGUCGCCUUCUCGUCAUUACCUCAUCGAUCGCUUGCUUCACCCGACGAUCAACAUCACCACCCAACUUCUGCCACCCAUGGGAGAUGCUCAGGGAUUUCCGGAACUUUUUGUGGCCAUGAUCAGCAUGGCUUCCACUGGACCUCAGGAGGUUAAAGAUGAUUUGUUCGUGGCCUCUCUCGAAUGGAUUAAUAUCUGUGUAAUGUAUCUACACUCAAGAGAAGUUAUUAAGAAGGCCAAGAACAAUGUCCCAGGAUUGCAUCAGCAGGUCAUCGAGUCCAUGUGCUCUGUGCUGCUGUACGUAAGGGACUGUAUCAACGUGCCAUCUGCUGGCGUGAUAGCCAGUGGUAGGAGCCAGGAAAGGUAUCACUGCCACACGUGCAAAAUGGUAGACGGUGUGGGUGUGUGUAGUGUGUGCGCCAGAGUUUGUCACAAAGGUCACGACCUUUCCUACGCUAAAUACGGAUCAUUUUUCUGUGACUGUGGUGCCAGGGAAGAUAAUACCAAGUGUUUGGCUUUGACGAGGAGGACUUUGAGAAACGAACUGAAACAGCAGUCUGAAUCUGAACAACAGCAGCAGCAGUCUAAAAAGCAGAAACAACAAAUUCAAACAUCAUCAUUAACAACGAAAUCGUCGGCAACAACAAAACUUGUCUCUGAUUCGUCAGCAUCGUCGUCCAAUAAGAUAUCGAGGUAUUUUCCUAAUCUGGGGCACGCCUUCAAGGUCAUGAGUGACGUAGCCUUAGGUGGUGGUGGUGGUAGCGGUGGUAGCGCCAGUGCGGCUGGUGCUGCUGGUGCUCUUGAUGAUGAUGGAAAAAUUGUUAAGAGGAGGGAGACGGAGAUGAAGAUGGUGAUGGAGAGGAAUGCCGUCGUUAAACAUUAUCUGGAUUUGCUGAAAAACAACAUAGUAGCAGAAUCACUGAUUGACAUGCUGGAGAUGCUAUCUCCAGAAACAGUUGACCACUACAACAAAUCCUCUUUGUUUGGCUGUCUGAAGAGGUGUCGGGCCUCAAUGCAAGACCUCCAUCAGUGUACAGAUACAAUUACACAUGGGUCGCAAGAGGGCUUGUUUGAGAGUGCAAGGUCGAUGUUUUCCGGCGAGCAAGGUCAGACCAUCAGGCAGUUGAUCUCGUCACACGCCCUUAAAAAGGUGACUAUGUGUGUAAUGUCUUCACCAUUCGGUAAAAAACAACAUCUAGCCAUGGCCAAUGAAAAAGGCAAGGUGACCCUGCUUCAGCUGCCUAGUUUGCUGAAAUCCGUGCAUACUGCUAAAAAGAAAAUGACUCUACCGAAGAUCAGCGUGGAGUUAGUACCAUUCACAGUUCUAAACAUGGCUGGCUGCCCUGCUAAUGAUGACUUCUUGGCUGUCUGUGGUCUCAAGGAGUGCCACAUCCUUAAUUUCACCAGUUCUGGGUCUGCAGCCACACACCUCGUGCUCCAGCUUGCACUUGAAUCCGGUAACUACAUCAUCAAGACACUCUGGCUGCCAGGCUCUCAGAGCGAAUUAGCAGUAGUCACUGCAGACUUCGUAAAGAUAUACGACCUAUCACAAGACACCAUCAGCCCCCAAUACUACUUCCUACUUCCGUCCGGUAAAAUCAGGGAUGUGACUUUUAUUUGUAGACCCAGCCAGGGUAAUGAUAACAUCGGGGGCACUAUCGGAGUAGAUGGCGGUAGAGAUGCCAGUGGUGAUGCUAGGUACAUUGCCAUUAUGGGACAAGCUGGUUACAUUUAUACCCAGGUACUGGACGAAAGCAGCAGUGCAAAGUCUGGAACUUUCUACGUUACCAAUGUACUCGAACUGGAGCACAUUGAUCUGAAGCUCAAACGCUCCAUCAAGUGCCAGCAGUGCAAAAACGACAACGUCGACAACGACGACGACAGCAACAUCGUCAGCUACAACGACGACUUCAUCGACUACGACGACGGCGACAUCGUCAGCAGCGGCAGCAACGACAUCGUCGCCAGCUGGACAAACGUUCAAGACAUGGUCCUUUUGAGACAUCAAAAUCUUCAGCCGGAAAAACAGCCAACAGCUGCAGCAGCAGCUACACCAGCCACUGGAAGCAGAUAUGGUUCAUCAUCAGUGGCAGCAACUACAACCCCAGCAACAGCACCUGCAACUACAACUCCAUCGGCAACAACUGCACAGCCGGCUGUCACACCAUCUCCGACCAGGCUAGCUCAAAAAUCGCUAGCAUCGGCUGCCAGCACUACAGCUACUUUCACAUCCGAAUCUAUUCAAGUUCCUAGAGGAGCUAACGAUAAGCAAACAACCCUGACGUUGCUGUGCGAGGAUGGGAGCCUCAAGCUUUGCAAGGUCGAUUCAAAGCUCACAGAUUAUUGGAUGGUAAACCCGAAGUAUCAGUCGGAAUUAGCAGGCGGAUCAGGCGUGGCUGCUCCUGGGGUUCCUCAUGGGACUAAGACGCUGAAGAAAAAAUCAAAGCCCGCCAGUGCUCAGCAGCAGGAAGUUGAUCCCAAAACUGGUCUGCCAGUAUUUCCUGUGGAUUUCUUUGAGAAAUGUCAGCUGUGCAACACGGAGGACAUCGUGUUCGCAGGUAACGACGUGCUACAGUACUACAACACGAGUCAAAUUAGGACGAGACUCGAUCAGCAAGGCCUCUACAUUGCCAGUAUCAAGCCUUCUGGGUUCAGCAUGGAAGUGUGGAAUGACACUAGUGCGACAAACGUCUUGGUGGGUAUCAGGGUUAUGGUCGGAUUUCAAUCCAUUGACAGGGCACCGUCUCACAUUGAAGUUUUCAAUAGAACUAUACCUACGACGAACCUGACUCGUCAGAGAUGGUACGACAUUCCAUUUACUAGAGAAGAAUCCAUUAGUGCCGAAAAAUACUUCACAAUCAACUUCGGACCCAGCAGAGAUCCAGGUCAUAUAACAAUGGUAGAUUCAAUAAAAGUUUACUACAAAACUAAAGAAGCAUUCGGAUGGCCAGACGACGACGAAGCCGCCGCCCAGACCUCUUCUCAGACAGCCACCCAAGCAGUUAGCCAGACUGCCACCAGCCAGACGGUGACCUCGGCUGACCUCAAAGUCGAUGAAGGUCAAAGUGGCGGCACUGGUGGUAGUAAUGCCGUUGGAAUGGGAGGUGACAAUGGAACAGGAAUGAGUCAUUUUGAUAGACUGCUGGCCGGAACGAUGGAGAUUGUGAACGAUUGCUUUGCCGUAUCACCGUCACUCUCUGAAGAUAAAAGGGUUCGCAAGAUGACCUUGGACUUCACGACUAACCUCUUGACCUUGGCCACUCCCGAACUCGUCCAGCUGCACAAUCAGGCGCUCAUGUCCACUCUCUUCAGCAACAAGGCAUCCUACUGCUGGCAUAAGGAUCUAGCCCACAUGCAGCAGCUUGCAAAACAACUGGACCAGUUCUUCAACUGCAGUAACAAUAAUGAUAAUAAUGAUGAUGAAAAUGAUGUAGACAUCUUGGCUGAAAGGUUUCAAAAGUCAGUAAGUGCCGUAGGAGCAAUCUCCCAACUUAGACCUCAAAACGUCGUCAAGUUCGUUGAACUUCAGCUACAACAGCAACAACAACAGGGUGAUGAUGAAGAUGAUAGAGAUGACAAUGAUACAGCCGGUGAGAAGGAGAAGAAGAAGAAGAAGAAGGAUAAAGAUGACGAGAAACUGAAAUUAAAUGUCGAGGCUUGCCGAGCUGCUACUGCUUCUGAUGCUGGAGCUAGUGGGAUAACUGAAAACAGACAGCAGCAACAAGGGAGCCAGUUUGAGUUGUCGACAACGGAAUCGCAGCAUUUCGUUUCGAAACUGUGCGCCGUGUUCUGGCAUCUCGUCUCGAAACAGAUUGAUAGUCCACUCAUUUGUCCCGUCUAUGUUACUGGUCAGUUGUGUCGAUGA